GCGUAACUUGAUUUUCAACCAAUCAACAGCGCGCAUUUUUGACUUACGAUUGAUUUUUUGACGCAACUCUUUCUCAACGGGCCCCAGCUCUUCUUCAUUCGAGAAUUUCGCGCAUGCGCAAUUGUACCUGCAAAAACAAUACAGCAAUGCAAAGUCAUCGCGAGAAGGACCAUUUCUACACUUUGAUGCGACCGAAACUGUAGCGUAGCCGUAGAUCAUGGGUCAAAACCAAUCAGGAGGACCUGGCGGUGGUGGAAGGAAUGGUGACAAGAAAGAUGACAAGGACAAGAAGAAGAAGUAUGAGCCUCCAGUUCCAACCCGUGUCGGUAAAAAGAAGAGGAGAACUAAAGGACCAGACACAGCUAGCAAACUACCACAAGUCACCCCACACACAAAAUGCAGGCUCCGGCUUCUGAAGAUGGAACGCAUCAAAGAUUACUUAUUGAUGGAGGAAGAAUUCAUUCGCAAUCAGGAGAGACUCAAACCACAAGAAGAGAAAGAUGAGGAAGAGCGCUCGAAGGUAGAUGAUCUGAGAGGUACCCCAAUGUCAGUAGGUUCUCUAGAGGAGAUCAUUGAUGAUAACCAUGCCAUCGUCUCAGCAUCAGUAGGCUCAGAAUACUAUGUCAGUAUCUUGUCUUUUGUUGACAAGGAUCAGUUAGAGCCGGGCUGCACAGUCUUACUUAAUCACAAGGUUUUAGCUAUUGUUGGAGUGCUAGGAGAUGAUACAGACCCAAUGGUAUCAGUGAUGAAGUUGGAGAAAGCACCACAAGAAUCAUAUGCUGACAUAGGAGGUCUUGACACACAAAUUCAAGAAAUUAAGGAAUCUGUUGAGCUACCCCUUACCCAUCCUGAGUAUUAUGAAGAGAUGGGUAUCAGACCUCCUAAGGGUGUCAUUCUGUAUGGAGCACCGGGAACAGGCAAAACUCUUCUAGCUAAAGCUGUUGCCAAUCAAACCUCAGCCACGUUUCUUCGAGUUGUCGGCUCAGAACUCAUUCAAAAAUACUUGGGUGAUGGUCCAAAGCUUGUAAGAGAGUUGUUCAGAGUGGCGGAAGAGCAUGCACCAUCAAUAGUCUUCAUUGAUGAAAUUGAUGCUAUAGGAACAAAGAGGUAUGAAUCCAACUCAGGUGGAGAACGUGAGAUUCAGAGAACUAUGUUAGAACUUCUCAAUCAACUUGAUGGGUUUGACUCUAGGGGUGAUGUCAAGGUUAUAAUGGCUACUAAUAGGAUUGAGACUCUAGAUCCAGCCCUUAUUAGACCAGGACGUAUUGACCGUAAGAUUGAAUUCCCUCUCCCCGAUGAGAAGACAAAGAGGAGAAUUUUCAACAUCCACACCAGCCGCAUGACCCUAGCUGAGGAUGUAAACCUUGAUGAAUACAUCACCUCAAAGGAUGAUUUAUCAGGAGCUGAUAUUAAGGCUAUCUGUACAGAGGCGGGUCUUAUGGCAUUACGUGAGCGCAGGAUGAAGGUGACCAAUGAAGACUUCAAGAAGUCAAAAGAAAAUGUCUUGUAUCGAAAGACUGAAGGCACCCCAGAGGGACUCUACCUUUAAGAUUGAUGUCCAGAAUUUAUUAGUUAGAUGAGGAAGGGGUGAUUGAGGGGAGUGGGAGAUGGGGGGGGGGGGGUACCCAGGCAUGUUAACUUAUUCCAUUAAUGAAUUGUGUUCAAAGGCAAAAUAGUGUCUUUUGGGGGUUCCAAGACAUUUUCUCCAGUGACCAUCGCUCCGAUGGAAAGUCUGCAUGUUAAACCAAACAUAAAAUCUAAUUUUCAAAUUCAAAUAAACCCUAAUCCUUAUCUUUACAUUAUUCUGAAUCAAAAACUCUAUUACAAUCCUAACACUAACCCCAUGCAGUCUGAGAAAGUAAGACCAGAGAAAAUGUCGCAGGAGCAAAUGUCAUGUCACCCUAUUUUGUGCUGUUGUUACGUUCUAAUGUAAUUUUUAGGGUUGGAUUUAGCUUCUCUGAUUAGGGAAGUGACUACAAAAAUACUAGUCUUGUAUACAGCUGUGCCAUUCAUCUAUUGACACUGAUAUGUUAUCUCCCUUCCUAUAUAUUUAUCAGAAUGGUGUCCAGGGUAAACAUCUCUGAUUGGACAAUCAUUUCAUGGAACCUCAAAUAGAUUCCUUGGGCUGUUUGGAUAGGCACACCAGGAUAUAAACAUUUUUGUGUCACUGUCAUAAAUCAACUUUGCUGUUAGUUUUGUUGUAAGGAAAUGUAUUUGUUAUUCCGUGCAGGGGCCCGUUUCAUAAAGGACUUGCAACUACUAUGGCAACAGGGCUCAGCAGCCAAUCAAAUUCAAGGUUACCAUGGUAGUUGUCAUAAUGGCAAAGUUACAUCAGUUGUAACUCUUUAUGAAACGGGCCCUAGAAAUGAAGUGUGUUUUUUCUACUGUACUUGAAAAUAUUUUUAUUUCUACAUACAAGGUAGAAUGAAUCAUGGACUUUUGUACUAUAAAGAACUGUGAUUGAUCCAGAUCAAUUGCAAUGUCAAGAUUGAUCUCAAACAAUCUCAAAACAAGUACAUGUACACAAUUGAGAUUGAUUGAUUGAUUUCAUUUAUUUUCCAUUAAAAAUAUACAAAGUCAAGAAUAUACAAACAAACAUUACAAAGUAUAAAAAUGAGACAUUAUACAUAUGACGUAUCAUAUACAUACUUUUAAAAAAUACACAACAGUUCAUUAUAUGUAUAUAUAUAUCAGGAAAAUUGGAUGCCCAUGAAAGCAGUAUGCUUGUUAAGUUGGGUCACCCCAAAAAAUAUAUUAAUCGGUAAAUGAUAGAAUACAAAGAUUAAUCUCAAGAUGCAAUUAAUCUGAGUCAAUGACAGUUCUUUAAUAGACAGGGUCCAGGCUACAUCUUCCAAAUUAUUGAAAUACGAUCUUGUUUAUCCAAUUUACAUUAAUAUGGAAUUUUAUAUUGAAUAAUAUAUUCACAUAAGGAAAACAUGUUUGGUCAAAGUAUUGAUAUUGGGAUAUAAUUAACAAAUUAUCACAUGACUUAAAGUGGAGCGGGUGUUAUGUAGAUCCUGUGUGGUGUUUCAUAUUUUUGUUCAUAGGUAACACACAACUUCAUGCAUGCUUUAUGUUCUUAGUGCUAAGACAGAUAUAUAGGGAUAUAUGUGUAUCACAAAGCACAAGAAAAGGUCACAUGUCAUGUGUUAAGUCAUUAAAAAUGACCAGCUUUAGAAAACGGCCCCCUGGCAUGAUUGGUUUUGGUUUUGUAAUUUUGUCUAUUUUCAUUAUGAUAAGACCAAUUACAAUGUUUUACACUGUCAUUGUCAUUGCCAUAAUUGAAUGGACGUCGAUACUUGGAACUCGGUUUGCAUAUGUGACUUGUAGCUAUGACAGGUAGUUAUGAUGCAAGCUUUCAGCUUCAUUAGAGUGAUGAAUUAUAUGAGUAUUUUCUUUAAGAAUGUUCGGAUGCCAGUUUCCACGUGAGAGUAAAAAUUUAUGUACAACCAAGACUUAAUAAAAACACAAAAGCAAUCUA